ACAUCCAGAAGAUGGAGUAGGCACGUGUUGGUGAUUCCAUAUCCAAGCCAAGGCCACAUAAACCCAAUGCUCCAAUUCAGCAAGCGCUUGAGUAGCAAAGGAGUGAGAGCCACCAUGCUCACAACCAUUUUUACAAGGCACCCUUCAAUUUGAUGCCAUUUCAGAUGGCUACGACCGAGGUGGCUUUUCUCGAGCUGAAAGCAUACAAACCUAUCUAUCUCACAUGGAAGACCAACAACCUGAGGGAACUCAUCAAAAAACACAACUCUUUUAAUCACUCCAUAGAUUGAGUAGUAUAUGAUCCCUUGUUAGUGGGGGUAAUGAAUGUAGCCAAAGAAUUUGGGUUGGUAGGAACUGCUUUUUUCACCCAAAUGUGUACAAACAAUUGCAUAUACAAUAAUAUGUCCACCGUGGACUCUCCAUAUCUUCAGCACCACUCUCUCUAUUCAAGGGCUUUCCUUGCUUCAACUAAAAGACAUACCCUCCAUGUUUUUCGAGCCCGGACUCUAUCCAGCUUACUUGAGUUGGCCAUGAAUCAAUUUUCUAACAUCCACAAAGCAGAUGUCCUUCUUGUCAACCCCUUCUACAAGUUAGAGGACCAGGCUGUGAAUUCCAUGUCAAAGCUAUGCUCCAUCCUUGUACAUGGACAAGACGGUCCCAAAUGACAUGAACUGACUCAAACAAAAGCCAACUGGGUCAGUUGCUUAUGAAUCAUUUGGGAGUCAUGGUUUGCCUUGGGAAAGAGCAGAUGGAGGAAAUAGCAUUGGGCUUAAUGGGAACUGGUUUCAUCUGUUGUGCGUGAUCCUGAUCCUGAGAGAGAAAAAAUCCCAUUGGAGGAGGAAAUUAGUGCUUGUGGAAGGGCUUGACAGUGAAUUGAGUACCCCAAAUGAAAGUGCUAUCACACCAAGAUAUUAGUUGCUUUCUUACACACUGUGGAUGGAAUUCAACACUUGAACGAUUGGGGUUGGGGGUCCUCAUGAUUGCAAUGUCGCAAUGGACUGACCAGCCCAUGAAUGCAAAAUUUAUUGAGGAUGUGUGGAAGGUGGGAAUCAGAGUUGAGGAAAAUGAGGAUGGCAUUGUGAGUAGAGAAGAGAUUGAGCAUUGCAUCAGGGAAGUAAUGGAAAGGAACCAUGGAAGAGAAAUGAGGAUCAAGGUUAUGAAACGGAAGGAAUUGGCUAUAGAAGCAGUAAGUCACGGUGGUACUUCAGUUCAAACAAUAUCAAUGAAUUUAUUAACAAUCUGAAGAGACCCUAAACUAAAUAUCCGUAUUGGUUGUAAGUAACGUUGAUUAUGGAUUGUAUGAGAAGUGUGUUUGAAAACUGUUUUUAAUAAUAAAAUAUAUUAAAAC